CCCCCAUACGCCGCAACACAAUACAGAGAGAGAGUGUGUGUGUUUUAGAGAGAGAAAGAGUGCUCUUCACGAGAGUAUCUCUGAAAAAAAAAAAAAAACCAUAAACAGAGAGAGUGAGAGGAAUCAAACAGAACUUCAAUAGCUCAAAAUUCACUAUGUGCAGCUCAAAAAACGCCGCCUCCGACGCCGCCACCACCAUCGCCGUCGCGAACCACCACAGCCACCCCUCCCCACAAACCCAUUUCUACAUCGACCUUUCCUCCCUCCCAUCCAUCGCCAAACACCCCCCCGAAAAACAAGCACCACCACCACCUCAACAAUCCCCGUACCCAAACACCCACAAUAUCCUCACCGAGACCAAACACCUCUUCACUCUCUCUCUCCCCAUCGCCCUCACCGCCCUCAUAUUCUACUCUCGCUCCAUAAUCUCCAUGCUCUUCCUCGGCCGCCUGGGCGACACCGAGCUGGCCGCCGGCUCCCUCGCCAUCGCUUUCGCCAACAUCACCGGCUACUCCAUCCUCUCCGGCCUGGCCCUCGGCAUGGAGCCGCUCUGCUCCCAGGCGUUCGGCGCGAGCAGGCCGAAGCUCCUCUCCCUCACCCUCCACCGCUUCGUCAUAUUCCUCCUCGCCUCCUCCGUCCCCAUCUCCUUCCUCUGGUUCAACAUUUCGAGAAUCCUUCUUUUCUUUAAACAAGACCCAGAAAUCACCAGCUUGGCCCACACCUUUCUGAUUUUCUCCCUCCCCGAUUUGUUCACUAAUUCUUUCGUCCACCCGAUACGCAUUUACCUUCGCGCCCAAGGCAUCACGUACCCGCUCACAUUCUCAACCCUCGCUGGCACCAUCGUCCAUUUCCCGAUAAAUAUCUUGUUCGUUUCCAAACUCCGGCUUGGGGUGUCGGGCGUCGCGGCCGCCUCCGCCGUGUCGAACUUCGCCGUGCUGGUGGCAUUGGUUUUGUACGUGUGGGUUUCGGGGUUGCACGAGCCGACGUGGUGCGCGCCGAGCCGGGAGUGUUUGACCGGCUGGAAGCCGCUCGUGAAGUUAGCCGCGCCGAGCUGCGUUUCGGUUUGCCUCGAGUGGUGGUGGUACGAGUUCAUGAUUGUAUUGUGUGGGGUUUUGGUGGACCCCAAGGCCACGGUGGCAUCGAUGGGCGUGCUUAUCCAAACGACGUCGUUGAUUUACGUGUUCCCGUCGUCUCUCGGGUUCGCGGUUUCCACCCGGGUCGGGAACGAGCUCGGGGCGAACCGGCCUGACAAGGCCCGGAUGUCCGCUAUCGUCUCGAUAUUUCUGGCUGCGGUGAUGGGCGUGGCCGCAAUGGUUUUCGCGUCCGGGAUGAGGUACAAGUGGGCCCGGAUGUUCACCGACGACGCCGAAAUCCUGAAGCUAACGUCGGCCGCGCUGCCGAUCCUGGGGCUCUGCGAGCUCGGGAACUGCCCUCAGACAGUCGGGUGCGGAGUGGUUCGGGGAACCGCCCGCCCGACCACCGCCGCCAAUGUGAACCUCGGGGCAUUCUAUCUGGUGGGCAUGCCCGUGGCGAUCGGGCUCGGGUUAUGGCUCGGGGUCGGGUUCGUUGGGCUCUGGCUUGGGCUUCUGUCGGCCCAGGUUUGUUGUGCCGGGCUGAUGUUGUAUGUGGUUGGGACUACAGACUGGCAUUAUCAAGCUGAUAAAGCUCAGACGCUAACGUGCACAGGAUGCGCAGAUAACGGACCUCCUCCUCGGGAUUGUGACGAAGAAGAGCAACAUCCCUUGACUUAGACGUCAUCAUGAUAAGAAAAUUCAACUGACCAUAAUGGAAGGAUCCGGUUUUUCUACGGUUUGACUGCUGAGAAGGAUGUAUAGUCUAAUUUGAACUGUUUAUAUUUAUAAUUAAUGGUUUAAAUGUGUUGAAUCUUUUACUAGUAAAAAUAUAUUAUUACCGGUAAAAGAUUCAAAACAAAUUUGAAUCAUUAAAAACGUUAAUCGACGGUUGCGAUCACUUAGACUACAUCUGUAGUCCAAAUCUGGCCAGCAGACGAACCAUAUCCUAAUAGAAGACCCCCACGUAACUUCAUUCUUUCUUUUCCAUUGUAAUCUUUGUAUUUUUGUGUUUUGUAUUUGUGAAUUAUUAGUAGUAUGAUUUUUUUUUUUGGUUGGGAGA